AGGAACACGCCGCUGUGUGACAUUAGCGAGGAGGCCUCUCCCUGCUUGGACGCUAACAUGUCCGAUCCGGUCAAACCUCGGACGUCCUUCCUCAUCGACGACAUCCUGUCCAUGAAGGACCACGCCGCACGAGGAUGUCUUCGGACGGCGGACGGAUGGGAGGAAGACGCUGAGAAGUUGGUGGAAGAGACUGCCGCGUCCCUGGACAAGACCUGUCCCGGCACGUCCCGGUCCGACUGCUCCCCGGCCACGGGCAAAGCCAAGCGGUCCCGGGCGGCGUUCACACACCUGCAGGUGCUGGAGCUGGAGAAGAGGUUCAAAGAGCAGAAGUACCUGUCGGCCCCAGAGAGAGCGCACCUGGCCGGCGCCUUGCGGCUGACGGAGACGCAGGUGAAGAUCUGGUUUCAGAACCGCAGGUACAAGACCAAGAGGAAGCAGCAGGGGUCUGAGUUGUGGAAGGACGCGUACAAAGUAGACGCUCUGGACCCCACGGCUCUCAUCAGCACCUUCUGUCGGUACGGACCCUUCUUGUGGGACUGCAGGGGGCCAUGGAGGCCCACCUUGUGGUGAAAGUGGGAAUAAAAUACCUUAUCAUAAUAGUCUGUAUAUUUCAUGUUUGGUACAUGAUAAGUUGUUUUAUUGCAGAUGUGAAAGUAAACAUUACAUCUCUUUAAUGACAUUGCUGUUAUUUUAGUAUAAAUAGCAUAAUUAUGUUAAUUUACCAAAUUUUUAACCACAUUUUUACCUAGUUUAACCUUCUUUUUACAUACUUUUUAACAAGGUUUCUGGCGUAAACACUGAAGAUAACAGAAUAAAAUAUUACAAUGUGUUAUUUCAUCGCUGUUAUUAUAACAGUAUGUAUAUUUAAUGUUUUGGUACAUGAAAUAUUUGUAUAAAUAAGUUGUUUUAUUGCAGAUGUGAAAGUAAACAUUAAAUAUCUUUAAUAACAUUGAUGCACAUUGUUGUGAUUUUAGUAUAAAUAGCAUAAUUAUGUUAAUUUACCUACUUUUUAACCAUAUUUUUACCUACUUUAACCUUCUUUUGACCUACUUUUUUAACAAGGUUUUUGGCGUAAACACUGAAGAUAACAGAAUAAAAUAUUACAAUGUGUUAUUUUAUCGCUUUUAUCAUAACAGUAUGUAUAUUUAAUGUUUUGGUACAUGAUAUAUUUGUAUAAAUAAGUUGUUUUAUUGCAGAUGUGAAAGUAAACAUUACAUCUAUUUAAUAGCAUUGAUACACAUUGCUGUUAUUUUAGUAUAAAUAGCAUAAUUAUGUUAACUUACCUACUUUUUAACCACAUUUUUACCUACUUUAACCUUCUUUUUAUCUACUUUUUAACAAGGUUUCUGGCGUAAACACUGAAGAUAACAGAAUAAAAUAUUACAAUGUGUUAUUUGAUCACUGUUAUCAUAACAGUAUGUAUAUUAAAUGUUUUGGUACAUUAUAUAUAUGUAUAAAUAAGUUGUUUUAUUGCAGAUGUGAAAGUAAACAUUACAUCUCUUUAAUAACAUUGAUACGCAUUGUUGUGAUUUUAGUAUAAAUAGCUUAAUUAUGUUAAUUUACCUACUUUUUAACCACAUUUUUACCUACUUUAACCUUCUUUUUACCUACUUUUUAACGUUUCUGGCGUAAACACUGAAGAUAACAGAAUAAAAUAUUACAAUGUGUUAUUUGAUCACUGUUAUCAUAACAGUAUGUAUAUUAAAUGUUUUGGUACAUUAUAUAUAUGUAUAAAUAAGUUGUUUUAUUGCAGAUGUGAAAGUAAACAUUACAUCUCUUUAAUAACAUUGAUACGCAUUGUUGUGAUUUUAGUAUAAAUAGCUUAAUUAUGUUAAUUUACCUACUUUUUAACCACAUUUUUACCUACUUUAACCUUCUUUUUACCUACUUUUUAACGUUUCUGGCGUAAACACUGAAGAUCACAGAAUAAAAUAUUACAAUGUGUUAUUUGAUCACUGUUAUCAUAACAGUAUGUAUAUUAAAUGUUUUGGUACAUGAUAUAUUGGUAUAAAUAAGUUGUUUAAUUGCAGGUGUGAAAGUAAACAUUAAAUCUCUUUAAUAACAUUGAUGCACAUUGUUGUGAUUUUAGUAUAAAUAGCAUAAUUAAAUUUUUUACCUACUUUUUAACCUUCUUUUUACCUACUUUUAACCACAUUUUUGCCGUGAACACUGAAGAUCACAGAAUAAAACAUUACAAAGUGUUAUAUGAUUGCUGUUAUCAUAAUAGUCUGUGUAUUUAAUAUUUUGGUACAUGAUAUAUUUGUAUAAAUAAGUUGUUUUAUUGCAGAUGUGAAAGUAAACAUUACAUUUCUUUAAUAACAUUGAUACACAUUGUUGUGAUUUUAGUAUAAAUAGCAUAAUUAUGUUAAUUUACCUACUUUUUAACCACAUUUUUACCUACUUUAACCUUCUUUUUAACGUUUCUGGCAUGAACAUUGAAGAUCACAGAAUAAAAUAUUACAAUGUGUUAUUUGAUUGCUGUUAUCAUAACAGUAUGUGUAUUUAAUGUUUUGGUAGAUGAUAUAUUGGUAUAAAUAAGUUGUUUUAUUGCAGAUGUGAAAGUAAACAUUACAUCUAUAUAAUAGCAUUGAUACACAUUGAUGUUAUUUUAGUAUAAAUAGCAUAAUUAUGUUAAUUUACCUACCUUUUAACCUUCUUUUUAACCACAUUUUUACCGUGAACACUGAAGAUCACAGAAAAAAACAAUACAAAGUGUUACAUGAUUGCUGUUAUCAUAACAGUAUGUGUAUUUCAUAUUUUGGUAGAUGAUAUAUUCGUAUAAAUAAGUUGUUUUAUUGCAGAUGUGAAAGUAAACAUUACACCUAUUUAAUAGCAUUGAUACACAUUGCUGUUAUUUUAGUAUAAAUAGCAUAACUAUGUUAAUUUACCUACUUUUUAACCACAUUUUUACCUACUUUAACGUUCUUUUUACCUACUUUCUAACAAGGUUUCUGGCGUGAACAUUGAAGAUCACAGA